ACAACAAAAAUGGAAUUAGCAAAACGCCAACUACCCCUUUUUAGCUCUUUGUUAAAGACGUGGAGUGGAAGAAGCUUCGUUGAGUUCAACAUCAAUGUCUAAUUGAAUCAUGACAAUGGCAGAAUAUGGGGUUAAAAAGUGGAGGAGGAUAUUGUAAGUAAAGCGAAAUGGUGGGUGGGUGUUGCUGAUGUUGACAUAACAUAUUAGCGAUUUGCACGGCGGAAAAGGAAACAAGAAAGAGAAUCCCAAAAGGGUCCUUUCUUUCUUUCUUUCUUUCUACACAUAUAUAUGGCGUCACCAGCGACAUUACUUCAUCAUUAUUCUCCUCGCCCUUCUUUCUCUUCCAAUUCUUCUUCCUCUUCUCCUUCCCCUUCCCCUUCCCCUUCUUCUUCUUCUGCAUCUUCUUCCUCCUUCGAUCAACGCCGAUGCUUUAAUUGGAAAUUUCUCGCCUUUUCUGGGAUAAACAACAUCUGGAGAAGUCAAAGCUUUAGAGCCCAUGCAAUGAGUACAACUGAAGGAAGUGUUAUGUCACCGAAAGUCUUGAUGGAUACGGGGGAUCAACCUGAGCAUCUUCUAGUCCUUGUUCAUGGCAUCUUAGCAAGCCCAAGUGACUGGACAUACGUACAAGCAGACUUGAGGAGGCGGUUGGGAAGAAACUUUUUGAUAUAUGCAAGUUCAUGUAAUACGUUCACUAAAACCUUCACUGGGAUUGAUGGAGCUGGAAAACGACUAGCAGAUGAAGUCAGGCUGGUUGUAAAGAAGAGAGAAAGCCUGAAGAAGAUAUCCUUUUUAGCUCAUUCUCUUGGUGGAUUGAUUGCAAGAUAUGCACUUGCCGUACUUUAUUCAUCAGACAACUGUAAUGAGCAGUCCAAUGAUGCAGUUACUUCAACUAGUGCAAACCUCAAACCAGUAGGCUCCUUAAAUAUAGAUUUGAUUGCUGGCCUGGAGCCAGUCAAUUUUAUCACCUUGGCUACACCACAUCUUGGUGUGAGAGGGAAAAAUCAGCUUCCUUUUCUCUUAGGGUUGCCAAUCUUGGAGAAACUUGCAGUACCUAUUGCUCCUAUUUUUGUUGGUCAAACUGGUAGUCAGCUCUUUCUUACAGAUGGCAAACCUACUAAACAACCUCUUCUGUCAAGGAUGGCAUCAGACUGUGAUGAUGGAAAAUUUAUAUCAGCGCUUGGUGCUUUCAAAUGGCGUGUUCUUUAUGCCAAUGUCUCUUAUGAUCAUAUGGUUGGUUGGCGUACAUCAUCUAUAAGAAGGGUGACAGAACUCGUCAAGCCCUCUUGGCGAUCUUUUGAUGGCUACAAACAUGUAGUAGACGUGGAAUAUUGUCCUCCAGCUUCAUGUGAAGGACCUCAUUACCCCCUCGAGGCAGCCAAAGCGAAGGAAGCAGCUCAAAAUGCACCAAGCACACAGAGGACAUCAGAAUAUCAUGAAAGUAUGGAAGAGGAAAUGAUAAGUGGCUUGCAACAGUUGGGGUGGAAAAAAGUUGAUGUUAACUUUCACUCGGCGUUCUGGCCCUUUUUUGCUCAUAACAAUAUUCAUGUGAAGAAUGAAUUUUUUCACAAUGCUGGAGCAGGAGUGAUUGCUCAUGUCGCAGACCACAUAAAGCAACAAGAGAAGCAACCUGAAUCGUCCUCCUUAAUUACCCCUAGCUUGUAACUCAUCUAGUUGUACAGAAAGCAAUUCAGCGUACGUUUAACUGAAAUCAAAACGUUAUAAUUGAUUGCGAAUGUAUAUUUGUCAGAACACUACUGGUGUACUUGGUUAUAGUGCUGAUUUCAGCAGUAGUGAAGCCAGGUUUUUGGUCAAGCAUAUUCAAAAUAUAUGUAUAGUAAUAUGAUUUUUGACGAAGAGUAUUUAAUUGACCACCCUUUGCUCCAUCGCCAGUUUCAAUAGGAAGACUGUUGAAGUUAGCUUUGUAUCCUGUAUUGGUUGCUAUCUAUGACAUAUUAUGUGAUUUUUUC